GCUGUGAUAGGUCUGCAUUCAAUGCAGUUCAGUCUCCUUCAGCUCGCCCUCCAACCGGUGACUCCUGCCUCGGCCGUGCUGUGUCAGGAACAGCUCCAGUAAAGUAACGUUACUUCACUUCUAACCGCAUCCUCCACUGAUACAAUGGCAGUGCCUCCUUCGUACGCUGAUUUGGGCAAAUCCGCCAAAGACAUCUUUAACAAAGGCUAUGGAUUUGGCUUUGUGAAGCUUGAUGUCAAGACAAAAUCAGCCAGUGGAGUGGAGUUUAAAACAUCUGGUAAUUCCAACAUUGAUACCAGCAAAGUUGCAGGGACCCUGGAAACUAAAUACAAGAGGUCAGAAUAUGGUCUAACCUUCACUGAGAAGUGGAACACAGACAACACCUUAGGAACGGAAAUCACUAUUGAAGACCAGAUUGCCAAAGGACUGAAGUUGACUUUUGACACAACCUUCUCGCCAAACACUGGCAAGAAGAGUGGCAAAGUUAAGACCGCAUACAAGCGUGAAUAUGUCAACUUGGGCUGUGAUGUGGACUUCGACUUUGCUGGCCCCACCAUCCACGGAGCUGCCGUCAUCGGCUAUGAGGGGUGGCUUGCCGGUUACCAGAUGAGCUUUGACACUGCCAAAUCAAAGAUGACCCAGAACAACUUUGCCAUUGGUUACAAGACGGGAGACUUCCAGCUGCACACCAACGUCAACGAUGGAGCUGAGUUUGGAGGCUCCAUCUACCAGAAGGUGAACGACAAACUGGAGACGGCCGUCAACUUGGCCUGGACUGCUGGUAGCAACAGCACACGCUUUGGAAUUGCUGCAAAGUACCAGCUGGAUAAGGAUGCUUCCAUCAGUGCUAAAGUGAACAACAAUAGUCUUGUUGGUGUUGGCUACACUCAGACCCUUAGACCAGGUGUAAAACUCACCCUCUCUGGCCUGGUCGAUGGCAAGAACAUCAAUGCAGGAGGCCACAAGCUGGGUCUGGGUUUGGAACUGGAAGCGUAAAGUUUCUUCAGGCUGCAAGGGACUUGGGAAUAUCAGACAAAUCUGGCCUUAAGUAUAUCUGACUUAAAACCAGCAAGGGGAAAUCUCGGAGAGAUUGGUUCAAGGCUACGACAACAAACUCUCGAGUACCAUCUCAACUUGGUGCUUUUGUCAUUUUACCUUUUUGUUUCUUUUUAUUCAGGUGUUAUUUAUGAGUCGUGUCAUUGUUCUGCUAUAGCAAUGCCAUAAUAAUGAAAUCCAAUACAAUCCUGUUGCCUGUCAACCUUGUGGCUUUAUUGUGCUAAUCCCAGGCACUCCAUUAUUUGUGUGUGAGCAUUUGUUUCACACGUUGUCUGGUGUUGUCUAUGCAUACCUUUCUGAUUUUACCAUCAUGGCCAUCUGAUAUUCCUUUUGUCUAACAAUCUAUUUGCAAAUCCUAUUAAAUACGCUAGACUUUAUCCUUGCUAUUAUUUAAGUACGGCCGCACUCUUCUGCAUAAAGAGUGGGUUCUAAGUUUGAGUGAAACCACUCUGUGGUUGAUGCACAUUUAGUCUGUAAUGAAACAAACGAGGGCCACGUAGUGUUCAAAUGCCAAACUAUCAUUGUUCAGCUGGGUGUAACUUGGAAGUUGUCCGUCACUCUUGGUAAAAGCUUUCCUGUGUUGACCAGAGUUUACUUUAUAGAGGACUUACUUCAGCUCCCAAUGUGUAUGUAUACAUUUCCAAUAAAGUCUUUGAACUCCA